AUGAAAUGUUCCUUUGAAGAGAGGGAGAGGGAGAAAGACGACCUUGCUGCUCUGGGAGAGGGAAUACCGAUACACACAGCCGACGCGCAUUUGCCGCUCGGCGAUAACUUGAAUCUUAUCGACGAAGCGAGAACGACUGCGGAAGCAGAUUUUGCUAGGCUUGGAGGGGGAAUAUCGGUCUUGACCGAGGACGCGAUUCUACCGUUUAGCGACAACUUGACACUGGACGGUUAUACGAGGGAGGCUGAAGAAGAAAAUUAUCCCGAUCUCUCGGACGAAAUCUCUAUAUCCACGGACGACAUCAAUCUCGCAUUCGGCAGCAACGCGACUGUGCAUAACAAGGCGAGCGUAACCGACGGAGACGAGGCUGGUCUAGCGAACAUUCUAGUGGGAGAGGACGCAUCUUCAUUGACCGACGAGGCGGAUCGGGUGUUUAUUAGCGACUCGCUGUUGGAGGACAAUAUCAGUGUGACUAAGGAAGACGAUACCAGUUUUGUCGACGAAGGAAUAUCCUUGUUCUCUGAGACUUUGGAUUCUUCGCUCGAUAACAACAGGACGCUGAACUACGACCUGCCAAGAGACCACGAUUCGGACAUCAGCAACCUAGACAGUGAGACGGAGGAGGGGGGAUUCAUAACCUUCAAGGCCCUAGAUCUAGUAUUCGGCAACGAAGUGACGCGAGACAGUUAUAUACCAGGCGAGAGCGCUCCGGACGUUGGUCCAGUCAGUAUCAAGACACAGAGGAUAUCGAUCAAGGAUAAGGUCUCGCGCAAUACCUCCCCACACACCAGCACGCCAGGCGGGAUUGACAUAGAGGGAAUUGCUUCAGAGAAUAACGCAGACAAAAUACCAGAGAGCAGUCUAAAGAACACCCAGCCGCGGGUUGUAUUCUCAGGCGUUGACCUCAAUCUUCUCGCUGUUCAAUUACCCCUAAGGAGACCUGAAACCACGCCUCAAAUGGCAACUUUCGAAGUACCUUAUGAUGACUCCACCCCAUCACCAAGUACUAGCUGCAGCUCCAGCUCUUUAGGAAGCAACAAUCCGACCCAACCCCUGCCUCGACCUCCCCAGCAUGCUCACCCAGCUCCUCAUCACCAACAGCAAAGAAGAUCCCAAGACUCAUCACUCUCUCACUCGUCUGCAUCGUCAUUUCACACAGCGGAACAUCCAUCAGACGUCCGCAACGUAACCCCAGAACCAGCCUGGGUGCCAGAUGACCCACAACCAACCCCACAACCCACACCAAACUCCGCAGAUGAAGGCUACCUCGAAACAACUGCCGCAGAAACCGAGUACGACCUUAUCUCUGCUCUCCAACUGAUCGCCGACUCAGUCGCACAACAACGCCAAAUCGCCGCAAACUCCAUCCUCGGCAGCUUUUACUACUGGGCUCUCUUCAUCGUUGUCUUCCAAUACCUUUACAGCAUCUUCUAUUACACAUCUGCAGACUGGAUCAUCAUCAUUGUCAGUACAGCCAUCUUCGGUAUCUUUUCGCUCAGCGGUAUACAGUUCUGGACAAGUGGAUACCUCGACGAGGCAGAGCGCGUCGGACGAUGGUCUUGGCUAUUCGGGUCACAAUGGGUAUCCAAUUUCAAUCACGGGGACGGAGAUGAAGUUGGCCAGAAUCAUCGCACGGAUUACACAUCCGUUGCACCCCUGAUCUGGACUUCAUGUCAGGGAAUCUGGUUCCGUGUUCCGGGCGGACAUGUGGAGAAGAUUCUAGCUUGGUGCGGUGCCAAGAGCGAGUUAAAGAAAAAGAAGGUGCUGAAAAGCAAAUCUGUCGACGGAGUAAGCUCAAUGGGAAAAGCAUGGGAACAGUACAGCUCCGGCACCAGUCCGCGCGACACGGCUACCUGCGAGCUCGACGUGCUGAAGCUCAGCCUGGAAGAAGGCUGGCAGGAGGACAAAGUCUUCGUAUCCCGGUUCAACGGCCGGGUGAUUGCCACGCUAGUCGUGCGUAUUGUGCCGGUUGAUACUGAUUCCGCGGUUAUUGUUCCUCGGGACGAUGAUGAGUUGGAUUCGGAUUUAUACGCUGAUAAUCGUCCCGUUUAUCCGAGUCCUGCGCAGCGGCCUGAGAAGGUGGUUAUUCGGGCUUGGACUGUUCUGCAGAAGUACCGUGGUCAUGGUGUUGGGCAGGCGCUUUUGCAGUUUGCCAUUCAGUAUGCUCGGGAACUUGGGCUGCAGGGUCCGGAGUUUGCGAUUGAUCAUGCUAAUGCUUUGCGCGUUUUGCCGACUAUGUUUAGCUAUGGGAUGGAUAAGAGUGAUAAGCGGGCGAGGCGCCGGCUUGAUCAAGAGAUUCGAAAGUUUGUACCAGCGAAUUGA